UAAGUCUGAGUUGAGGUUUGUCAAGAAACUGCGGAAAGACCGUCCCGAGACAUGCUAAAGAGAAAUGAUCUGUACGGACCUGAAACUCAAAUGGACAUCGGUAAUCGUUUUAAUUGUAGUGCCGUUCACAGUGUUACAAGCGCAAUGUUACCCUUGGCUGGAGCAGAUCACGCGUCAAGAGCAGCUAACGAUGGGCUGCGACAAUUUGGUAGUGAAAUCUAGGGGCAGGUUGAACGUCACGAGCUUGGACCACAUCCUGGUGGAUCACAAGCAUAAGUUACUGUACUGUUAUGUUCCUAAGGUCGCCUGUACUAACUUUAAAAGGGUCAUGAUGGUGCUUACUGGCGAGUCCAGCGCUACGAAUCUAGUUGAAAUACCGGCGACGUUGGCGCAUUCCGAAAAUUCAACGUUGAGGUUGUCGCAAUUGAGUCGGGAUGAGGCGAGGGCUUGCCUCAAGGAUUACACAAUUUUUCUCAUCGCUAGGCAUCCGUUUGAGAGGCUGCUAUCAGCGUUUAGGAAUAAAUUUGUGGACAGCCUGCCCAGCUCUAAAUAUUUCCAGGCGAGAUACGGCAGGCACAUCUUACGUAAGUACCGCGUGAACGCGUCCAGGUCCGAGAUACAGUCCGGCACCAACGUCACCUUCCAGGAAUUCGUCCACUACCUCCUUACAGAGGGCAUCAACACCAACGAGCACUGGACGCCCAUCUACGACCUCUGUUCGCCCUGCCUUCUCAAUUACACCUUCAUCGGCCACUACGAGACAAUCUCGGAAGACACCAAGACUGUCCUGGAUAUGGUGGGGGCACCCCCGAUCGUGUUUCCGGUGACGCGAAGCGGCCACACAAAGGAGCAUCUAAGGUGGUACUUCCAGCAGUUGUCCAUAUUCGAGAUUCAGGCGUUGUACAAGAUGUACGAGAGGGACUUUAAAUUGUUCGGGUACGGCCUGGAGGAGAUGUUGGGGUACGAUUUAGCUUAGGUAGGUGUGAAUUUUCGACGAGGCGGUCUCUCUACCAGUUAAAUGGUGUUUUUAUUUUUCGUACGCAGGGUGUAACUUUGGAAACGGUCAUAUUUAUGUCGAGGCUACCUCUGUUGUCAAAUCCCAUCUUUCUUGGUUCGUAUACAUGUUUUUCCAUGUGAAAAUUUGACGAUGAAGACACACAAACACGCAGUACUGUCACUAACACAGCAAUAAAUAACUUUACAAGGUCAUACUGUUGCACUACUCGACAUAUUUCACUAAAUACUUAACGUAGAAACCGAUAAACUUAAAAUUAAAAUUAAUGUAAUAUAACAAAAUGCGACUAUAUUCUACCAUUCUUAUUUUAUUGACGUUUUUUGUCCGCCUAGUGCCCUGUUGUCAUAUCACAUCAGGUGGAUUGAUACGUAGUUCAGUCGUUGACACUGAGAUUCGUAAACUAAACACAGUGCUUUAAAAAAAUUGGUAACAAAUACUUGAAACAAAUAUAAAAAUUAUUUCAGAUGUAUCAGAUUAGUAUUUUUAUUUAUUUUUUCGUUACGCGAAUUUUGUAAAACGGCAAAACUAUUUAAUUUUAAAUGUAAAGUAGUAUUUUUUACAGAUAGACCGAUCGAAGGAAAAAAGCGAAAAAAUUGUUAAAUUAGAAAUGGUA